GGGCAUGAUUUCUCUUUGUUUUUUCGAAUUUUGAUACGAAUUUUUUGUUCUUUUUUUGAAAUUUUUCAUGAAAAAAAAAAAAAAAAACAGAAGUGUCAUCUAGUCUUUUGCUUGUGCUUUACUUGCAACGAGAAAUUUGUGCCAGGCCACAAGUGCAAAGGUAAGGAAAUUCUUCUAUUGGAAAUUGAGGAGGAACGAGAGGAAGAAAAGCCACGGAAAGAGUCCUGGUUGCACAUGGUUAAGUGCAAUAAGCGUGGUCCUAGGAUGAUCAGGUUCACGGUUGAGAUAAAGGAUAUGUUGCUAGAGGUACUGGUGGAUAGUGGGUCGAGUUUAAAUUUUAUUGACGAGGGGAUAGCCCAGAAGCUCAAAUUGGUACCCACAAAAGUUAAGAAAUUUAGUGUCAAGGUGGCCAAUGGACAUGAGCUGCAGGGAAGUCAAUUAUUCAAGAAGGUCCCGAUAAUGGCACAGGAUCUAGAGUUGGAAAUUGAUCUUUACGCCUUACCGCUCAAAGCAACAGGCGUGGUAUUAAGAGUGCAAUGGCUCGAAACACUCGGGCCCAUUACGACCGAUUAUAGGCGAGGAAAGAUGGAGUUUGGACGACUAGGAAAGCGCAUUAA